AUGAGUGAUGGGGAGUCCUGUUCUCCCACCCCCAGGACUUUACCCCAGUGUAAACAGCUGGCCUCUGCUGCCAAGAUCAGCGACGAGUUUAAGAAAUGCAACGUUAAGAUGAUCGCGCUGUCCAUCGACAGCGUGGCCGACCAUCUUGCCUGGAGCAAGGAUGUGAUGGCAUUUAACAGUGAUGGGUGCUCUCCCCUGCCCUUCCCCAUUAUCGCUGAUGAGGGAGCUCUGUAGCUGGACCCUGAUGAGAUUGACAAGGAUGGCAUGCCCCUCAUUGCACUCUGUGUGUUUGUGGUUGGUCCAGAUAAGAUGAAGCUGUCCAUGUACCCGGCCACCACUGGGAGGAACUUUGACGAGCUGCUCAGUGUCAUCGACUCUCUGGAGCUCACUGCUCUCAAGGUGGCCACACCUGUCGACUGGAGGAUAAACACUCAUUCUCAUUUCGAUAUUGGACAACUUGAAAAGGCCGCUGAACUGUUCCCCAAUGGCGCCACCACCAAAGAGCUGCCUUCUGGGAAGAGAUACCUGCGCUACACGCAGCCCUAAACUUCGGGGGGGUUAGGGCUGAGGCACAGAUGGGCCCACUGCGAGUGUAUCCACUGCUAUUAAUCCAGUUAUUUUGUGACUUUUCAUAGUUGACAAUCUUGUAUGUUUUAUAUGCGCUAAUCAAAGUAUCUCACUGAUACUUACAUCUCGACUACGCAUCCAUUCAUAGUCAUGUCUUCUGUGGAGCAGGGCUUUAAUGUCCGUAUCAUUGUACAGUGCCUUACUACCCCAAUAAACACGUUUGUAACGAC